CCCAAGUGGGUGUGAAUGGCUUACGGUAGUGCUGGUACCGGAAAGCUGAAUGAAUCCUCAGAUAUUACAGUAAUGCCCGCCUCGCAGGUUAGGAGAAUGCUUCCCGCACAUGAUGUAGAUGCGAAGUUCUUAAUAAAUUGCAAACCUUCAGAGACGAAUAUACAAGAGCUGGAUUUUCAGCAUGGUGGGAUAGAAACAGAGAACGGCAAGAUUGAUGGUUUGAUUUGGUGUAACGCACACCGAUUGAAUGGGCGGGAAGAAUGACUUGGAUCAAUCACACGACGGGGAAGGACAGCACUUAACUUCUGCAUUCCCCAAAUAAUUGCAUGGAAGAAUUAUAUAUUGUGGCUGUUUUAUUAUUUCGUAUCGAAGAAUUACAGAAUCUCCAUGGGGCGUCGAGCAUCUGGGGUGUUGUACUGGAACGAAUAAGAGCACCUUGUUGUCCAAGUUGCUUGGUUGUGCACAUGUCUCCGCAGCCCUUGUCCACAAUUAUCGCUGGCCACCAGUAAUUAUAAUAACACUGCUAUGAAAAGAAAAAGAAAUUUUCAACGAUGGCUUAGCUGUAAGGAAUCAACCAGCUGCAUCCCGCUUGAAACUACGCAAUCUUCUUACAGGUUGUUGGAUCGCGAAUUGUUUGCUUAAUUCGUGAUUCCUAACCCAGGAAGAGGUAGGAGAGGUAUCGAAGUGUCAGAAAGUCGGAAGGAGAAGCGAGCGGUGUACAUUUUCUGGAUGUAAUUUUAAACAGCGUCUUGAGGUAUGUCCUAUCUGGUCCACAUGUAAUGCUUACGGCUUUGUUAGAAAACAUGAAUCUCACAGUGCGAGAAAGGGCGGCUCGGUUUUGAAUCAAAUUCGAGCCCCCGACGUACCACCAAGUAUGGCAAACACCUCUGAUUCGGGACGUGCGCUGUGCCCCUUACCUCUACCACAACCCCGUGCAGCCCUACGAACAACUGGGUCUUUCAAAGUGUCCCCAACUAAGAGUCGUUUCUCAACCGAUGCUGAUCGAUCUGAGGAUUCAUUCAGCUUUCCGGUACCAGCACCUGACUCGCAACAUACUCAAGCGUCAGACAUUGCAAAACAACACCGUGUGUGGGGCGCAUAUCCUGCAAUUACGGACAAUUCACUAUUACCCAAUCCGCAAAGCACCAUAAGUAGAAGUGCAACGUCGGAGGGACCUCCAUUCUCACCUCCACCUGUGCCUCCUCCAUUCCCUUCUUCGACCUCAAGGAAGCCAUGGCAGGCAUUGUCUGCCACCAGGUGUCGGGGCUCGCGCAGCUGUGGUGGGAGUUUUAUUUCCAACCAUGCCCUGAACACUUGGGACCAAGUUUUUUUUGAAGCAACCAAUGCAGACCUCACUGUGUGCACCGAUGAUGGCAGUCAAAUACAUGUGCAUUCAAUGGUUCUGAUGGCCAGUUCUCCCGUAUUCAAGUUUUACCUGCAGAAGGAAGUUAGAAAAUCAAGGUUUCCUGCCAUAGAUAUAUUUGGCGUUCCCUUUCACGCAGUUCGAUGUUUUCUCCGAUAUUUAUACUCAUCCCGAUGUGAGCGAUCGGACAUGGAAGAAUGUGCUCUACACUUGGUAGUGCUGGCUCACACGUAUAUGGUCCCGGCUCUCAAGCAAACUUGCACAGUCCAUUUUGAGCAAGGGCUGCUGAACACUGAUAAUGUUGUGGAUGUCCUUCAAGUAGCAAGGCUCUGUGAUGCACCUCGACUAUAUCUGCUGUGCUUAAAAAGAACCACAUCAGACUUCAAGGCAGUGGUACGCACAGAUGGCUGGAGGGCUAUGAAGCAUUCUGACCCAGCCCUCGAACAAGAGUUAAUAGAGGCUGUCAUUCGAGCAAGCAUGAGAAAGCAAGAAAAAACCACUAGACUUGAAGAGGACCAAGUGUAUGGACAAUUGCAUGAUGCAAUGGAAGCAUUGACUCACAUUUGCAGAGACGGAUGCAGGUCGAUUGGACGUUCAGACAAGAGUUUGAACAGAGGGUCAACAAACUGCUCCUUCCCAGCCUGUAAAAGACUGCAGUCUUUAGUCCGUCAUUUUGCUGACUGCAAAUUGAAAGUGGCUGGUGGAUGUGUGCAUUGUAAGCGCAUGUGGCAGCUUCUCGAGCUUCAUUCUCGUAUGUGCACGACAAGUGAUUCUUGCAAAGUGCCCCUCUGCGGGCAUUUCAAGGACGUCGCAAAGCAGCAGGCGAGCCAGAAGGUAGAGCUACGAUGGAAGAUGUUGGUUCAAAGAGUUAAGUUGGCAAAGCGCGUCGUGGAUACACUAUCGGUGGCAGCUAUUGCACAGCAACUUGAACGACCUCCUAUUUGAAGCUUGCAAUUUCCGACUGUUUAAUUUACCCGAAGCUACGGCAUAUACAUAUGUGAACAACGGCUCAGAGUAUGGUCCUUGGGUUGUGAGUACUAGGUGCUAGUUUCAGGAUUUUAAAAUGCUGAAGGUAAUUAGACAGAGGACAUCAAACAUGAUCAGAAUGUUGUAAUUCCGAUACUGUAGAAAAUUAGCGGUAGCUUGACACCAUCAGGAUCCAAGCUUUCUAAACGACAUGAAAGCUUUCACCUGAGAAUGACAAAAUCUAGUGGAAACAGUUGUAUCUCUACUCGUUCUGCUUUGUGCCCACUGGGUUGUUUCAUACUGGGAAGUGACACAUUUUAUACGAAUGUUUCUUCACCAUCCUAUGAUGGAAGAUUCAUAUAGGUUCAUAUCAAUGUUGAAUAAAUCCAAUUCUUCUGGAAGAGUUUAAUAUAUCUGCUUCGAAA